CCCAGCCAUGUUGAGGAGUCUGUCAAGCAAACUGCAGCCCGCCAUUGUGUAGAAACCAGGCUCUGUAGAGAGAUAGGGGCGCUUGGCUGAAACUCUUCAAUAGCUAGACCUAUCCUACACCCUGCCGCUUUUAUUUAGGAGUAAAUACAGUUACACAGGCUCCGGGUGGGGAAAGACAUGUCAGCCAGCAGCCUUCUUGAACAGAGACCGAAAGGCCAAGCUAAUAAAGUGCAAAACGGAGCUGUGACCCAAAAGGAUACUUUGAAUGACGAUGAGUUUGAGCCUUACCUGAAUACUCAGGCCAGACAGAGCAAUGCCUAUACGGCCAUGUCGGACUCGUACAUGCCCAGCUACUACAGCCCCUCCAUAGGAUUUUCUUACUCCCUAAAUGAGGCAGCAUGGUCCACAGGUGGGGACCCUCCCAUGCCUUACCUGGCUUCCUAUGGACAGCUGAGCAAUGGAGAGCCCCACUACCUCCCGGACGCUAUGUUUGGCCAGCCAGGCCCACUAGGGAGCAACCCUUUCCUGGGCCAGCAUGGUUUCAACUUCUUCCCGAGUGGCAUCGACUUCUCAGCAUGGGGCAAUAGCAGCUCUCAGGGACAGUCGGGGACACCACAGAGCUCUGGCUACAGCAGCAGCUAUGCUUAUGCUCCCAGCUCACUUGGAGGUGCUAUGAUCGAUGGACAGUCUCCGUUUGCACCUGCUGCCAAUGAGCCCCUCAACAAGGCCCCUGGUAUGAACAGCCUAGACCAGGGCAUGGCAGGGCUUAAGAUUGGCAGUGCCGCACCUGGUGGGAGUGGGGACAUGGCUCCUAAGGUGGUGGGCUCUGGCUUACCUGGUGGGGGUCCCCUUGGCCCUGUAUCAUCUGUAGGACCACCCAGCAUGCCUCCUGUUUCGAUUGCCCCUGCCAAACCCGCUUCCUGGGCCGAUAUUGCCAGCAAGCCAGCCAAGCCUCAGCCCAAGCUGAAAACCAAGGGUGGUAUGGCAGGUGCCAAUUUGCCUCCUCCACCUAUUAAACACAAUAUGGACAUCGGCACUUGGGACAACAAGGGCACCAUGCCUAAAGCUGCCACCCCUCAGCAGGUGCCCUCUAUCCCCAGCAAUGGGCAGCCGCCCAACCAGGCGUCCCCACAACCUGGAGCUACUGCUGCAGGGAACCCACAAAUGCCCCUCAGCAAUGGACAGCUGGUGCCGCCUGUUUCUCAAAUGGGGCAGCAUCAGCUUCAACCCAGUGGACAACCAGGUAUGGCUCAGAUGCCCCAGCCUCCUCUAUCCCAGGGUCCUACUCCUCCAAGCCAACAGUCCCAACCUUCUCAACCUACUCGUUGGGUUCCUCCACGGAAUCGGGCCAAUGGAUUUGGGGAUGGCAGUGGGAGCGGGACGGGGCAGUCACCACCCACCUCUUCUGGUGUGGGUGUGGUUCCUGGGGUCCCAUCUGAACCUCAUCCAGUCUUAGAAAAGUUACGCAUGGUCAACAAUUAUAACCCCAAGGACUUUGACUGGAACCCCAAGCAGGGCAGGGUGUUUAUCAUCAAGAGCUACUCGGAGGAUGACAUCCAUCGCUCCAUCAAGUACAACAUCUGGUGCAGCACGGAGCAUGGCAACAAGAGGCUGGACGCUGCUUAUCGUUCUUUGGGUGGCAAAGGGCCACUUUAUCUUCUGUUCAGUGUCAAUGGGAGCGGGCACUUCUGCGGCGUAGCAGAGAUGCGCUCACCCGUGGACUACAACACGUCUGCUGGCGUGUGGUCACAGGACAAGUGGAAGGGUCGUUUUGAUGUGCGCUGGAUCUUUGUUAAGGACGUUCCCAACAGUCAGCUAAGGCACAUUCGGCUGGAGAACAACGAGAACAAGCCAGUGACCAACUCUCGGGACACACAGGAGGUACCACUGGACAAGGCCAGGCAGGUGCUAAAGAUCAUCGCUGGAUACAAACACACCACUUCCAUCUUUGACGACUUUUCUCACUACGAGAAACGCCAGGAAGAGGAAGAGUGUGUGAAAAAGGUGGAGGUCCAAGGCAGUGAGCCAUAUCCCAGCAACCCCAGCAACAGGAGUCAUUACAGGCUUCAGGAGCGCCAAGGACGAGUCAAGUAACAGUUGGUGCUUUGGUCAAAAGACUGCUAUGGCCCCCCUUACAGCCCUAUCCACCCCAUUACAUCAUUACAACCAGAUCUCUAAGAAAUUCUAACAGGGGUGAAGAAUUAACCAAGGACAGAAAAACUAAAUGAAGACUUUCUUGAUUUCUUUUGACUUUAAAGACUUACUUCGAACUUGUAGUAAAAAAGAAAAGGAAACGAUUAUUCAUAGGACUACAACUAAAUGCAUAGCAUCCUUAGGUGAAAUCUUUUUUGCCCCACCCCCAUUCCACUACAUACGCUUUCCCCCCUCGUAUGCUGCUUUUUCCUUUUUAAUGAAAGGAUCAUCCUCUGUUUUUAUAGUCCAAGAGCAAGCCUGCAUCUCUCACACAAAACACACAAAUCCAAUACAAAUUUGUCGUGCUGGCUAAAUGGUAUCCCAAAAGUCAAGAACGGGCAGUUUGUCUCAUUUUCUUUGUGCGAAACCCCCCCCCCCCCCCCCACUCUGUCUUUCUGAGGAUUACCGCAUCUUCACCCAGGAUCCAGUGGAGUCUCCUUGUAGGAGUUUCAUCAGCUCUUACUCCAGUGUCUGUUUUUCGACAUGCUCGUCAUGUUUUUUUUUGUUUGAGAGGACUGCAGGUGUUCAGAAUGACCCUCUUUUUUUUCCGCAUGUGUAAAGUAUGGGAAGGGUCUGGUCUGGAGAGGAACAGUAGUGAAUGGGGAAAGAGUGUGAAAGAAGAAGAAAUGUUAAGUUGAUGAGCCUUGCUUGGUGUAUAAUUUUAUGGUCUUAAAAAGAAAUUGGGGCCUCUGUUAACAGUCUUCAUUGGACUUUAUUUACCCUCUGUUCCUUCUCUUGGACAAGUUAAUUCAUCACUGCUUUGGGCUGCUUUCUUGUAUUUUGUUUUUCCUCCUUCCUCAGUUUUCUAAAGACAGUGAUGCGAGUGGCCUUGCCCCCACUCUUUCUAUUAAUCAGUUCAAAGUAAUAAAUGUGGUAUAUUCAGCAGAACUGGUGUGCAUUCCCCUUGUUUGACUGUAAUGAAAUUUGUCACGCGGCGUGUCUGUACAUUCAUUUCAUCAGUUUUUCCUUCCCCUGAUGGGUUUAGGAAUGAAUGUUUUUCUGCUUACCUUCAGCCCGUCCACUCUGUCCUGUUUUUAGUCUCUUACCGCUAUAUCCAGCAUUUUUUCCCCCCUCUCUCUCUGCUUUCACAUCUUCUGCACUUCCAUUAUCCAUCUCAGACUGCUCAGCCAACUUUAUUAUAUCACAAUCAGCUUCCACCAUUUUCAGAAUGUCAAUGUUGGUGAGUAAAAAAUAAAAAAGGAAAAAAAUGCAAGGUCCUCUUUGAGAACUACUGGCUUUUAUUUGUGGCAUAAUAAAGAUGCUCCACAAAUUGGUGUGGGUUUUCUGCCUUU